AUGUAUGAAUGCGAGCCUCGUAUCACUCCGUGGCGGUUUGAUAAAGAUUUAGAUGAACUCUGUAGCCUUUUUUAUCCCGGGAAAUUUGAACUGCCAGAUUCACGACGCGAUGGGGUGAUCAAGGUAAACUGUUGGUCUAGCAGAGGGCCAUAUAUGCCUCAUACCGUCGAGUCAACAGCGCACCUUACAGAUGCAACAUUGUCCGAUGAGCAGGGAUUACUCAGUGAUAUACCUCUGCAACUCAGUUAUACGAUGGCGAUAAUCAGGUUUGUGAAUGGUCUACUGGACCCAACGCAGCAGUCGCAGUUCGCUAUCCCAUUACACAUUUUAGCGGAGCGCAUGGGACUACCUUCGUGGUUUGUGGAGUUAAGACACUGUGGCACACAUGAGCGGGAAAUGCCAAGUCUGGAAAUGCUGCGCAUGGCGGCCGAUAGGGCGUUGGAAUGGCUCUGGGACAACUACUGGAAUGCUAAAGUGGAAGAAGUUGAUGAUGAAAAAGCGCACGAUGAACCUUCGACACCGGACAUCGCUGUUGACUCCGUUGCCUUGGACCGGCUUAUGAAAAGGAUACCGUCGGUCACGAACGUAAUGCUCGAUAAUCCAGGACUGUGGAAACGCCAACGGGUAUCUUCAAAGUUCUCAGGCGACAGUGGCUCGCAAGAACCCAGCUCCAAGAAGGCGAAACGGGAAGAGCCUCCUGAACAAAAAUUAGAAACCUUUAUUCUUUUGGCGAAAGACGCCUGGAAAAGUUGUAGAAAUAAGCCAGACAUGUUUCUAGAGAAAUUGGUACGAAAAUACAAGCCUCGGUCCAACGAGGUCCUGGAAGUUCUGGCGCAUCGUAUUCAACCCUUUGGAUUUGAACUGAGCAGAUGGGUAUUGGAGAAUUACGACCUAACUUUGAAGACUGGGUCCAGCCCGCUACGAGAAAUUUUUGAUGGGCAACAACUGAAAGGCUUUAUGUCGCAGGUAUGUGAACACGCCUUGGAUGGAAAGAAGAUAAUUUCAAGCUGGGACGAUUGGUCCGAACUGCUGCGGGAGAAUGCCAAUUGGAUUUCCUUGCUUAUCAUGGACGCCUGCGACCUUGAAACUUCUAACAUGGGCGACAAAUUCCGGAAACGACACAGCUCGGCUAUCGAGGAGUUCGGCACUCUUCAUAGACGCCUUCAAAGUUGCGUUGUGAAAUCAGAACUUACAAUGUACCAACUUGCGAGCGUGCCAGACAAAAGUGCAGCCCGCACAGACGCUGCAGUCGAAACAACGAGAAACGAGAGCCCUGCAAGCGAAAUACUGCGAGAUUUGCAAGACUUGAAGCGAUCCAGCAGGCGCCAAGUCUACCGCUGGGAAACGGUAGCGCAAUGGACGCCGCGUCCCUUCGGCCAACUGUAG